AUGGGGGACUGGAACCUGUUGGGCAGCAUCCUUGAAGAAGUGCACAUCCACUCCACCAUAGUUGGCAAAAUCUGGCUCACCAUCCUGUUCAUAUUCCGCAUGCUGGUGCUGGGAGUGGCUGCCGAAGAUGUCUGGGACGAUGAGCAGUCCGAGUUCAUCUGCAACACGGAGCAACCCGGCUGCAGCAACAUCUGUUACGACAAAGCCUUCCCCAUCUCUUUGAUCAGAUACUGGGUACUGCAGAUCGUGUUUGUCUCUUCUCCGUCGCUGGUUUACAUGGGCCACGCUCUCUACAGAUUAAGGGCUCUGGAGAAGGAGAGGCAGAAGAGGAAAGCCUACCUGCGGGCUCAGCUGGAAGACCCGGAGCCCGUGCCUGAGGAGCACAGGAGGGUGGAGAGGGAACUGCGUCAGCUGGAGGAGCAGAAGAAAGUGAACAAGGCACCCCUGAGAGGGUCCCUGCUGCGCACCUACAUCCUACAUAUCCUGACCCGGUCUGUGGUCGAAGUGGGCUUUAUGAUAGGUCAGUAUCUCUUGUACGGCUUUCACAUGUCCCCCCUUUACAAAUGCACGCGGCCCCCUUGCCCUAACACGGUGGAUUGUUUUGUGUCCCGACCCACAGAGAAGACCAUCUUUAUGGUUUUCAUGAACAGCAUCGCCGCGGUCUCCCUCUUCCUCAGCAUCCUAGAAAUCGCCCACCUGGGCCUCAGGAAGAUCCAGAAGAGCCUCUCCGGGCUGCCAGCCCCGCGCCGCCGCGCCGUGCGGGCCCCGGCCCCGGCCCCGGCCCCGCGCCGCCGCCCCGCAGCACCGCGGACAGCAGCCGCCGCGCUCCUCCAGCAGCGACGAGGCGGCGCGGCCGGCGGCCGCGCGGGCAGCGACAGCGACAGCGAGAGCGGCGCCGCCUCCUGCGGCCCCGGCCCCGGCACGGAGGGGGCGCGGCGGGAGGAGGGCAGCCCGCCCGGCAGCUCGCCCGGCAGCCCGCCGCCCGCAGCCGCCGCCGGACGCCGCGUGUCCAUGGCAAGGGCUUUCCCCCAGAGGCAGUAA